AUGGCCAGCUUAGAGUCCUGUCCAAAUAGUACUUGAGGUAUCCCUUCAAACAACAAGUAGUACCCCUUCAAAUCAAAUCAAAUAAUUUAUUUGGUUAUUUGAGUCAGGUGUAAUUGACAGGGCGCUUCGUGCUUUGAAAUUUUCUGAAAAUUCGUUCAAAUACCGGGGUUCAAUGGAAGAUUCCACAUAUCGGGGCUACCUGGGGAAACUUCUUUUUCUUCUUUUUCUUAGGUCUGAAGUUUUGAAAUCCUCCUUUUAAGAACAGAAUGAGAAGUGUAACUAAUAAACGACGACUUUGAAUAUUUACAAAAUCAGAAGUUUUUUCCAGGUCACAAUUUUCUUUCAUAGCUUUAAUGGAUGUUUGGGCGAUUUUGAUUUCUGAAGAAAUUUUUCAGAGAAGCUUAUUAGAAAAACUUUGAAUAAGUUCCGAGUUUUCGUUAGUUGAAUUUACUGAAUUGUGGUCCCUGAAAUUUCAUUAUUGUUUUCAAGUUUUUCGCAUUUUUAUGGUGAUUAUCAAGUCGAAAAACGGAUUUCAGAGACCAAGAACAAGGCGGCUGAACUACAGCGAAUUGACGCAACCGGCAUCUUCGCCAACUUCGGCUACGGAGGCGGGCUUGGCGGACUGCCAAAACACGGGCGGGCCAAGAAAAGAACGAUUGUGGAAAGGUCUCCGUCCAAGGAAAAGAAAGAGAAUGAGGCGAUUUUACCGGUAAUUUUCAGUGGUUGAACUAAUCGAAAGGAGAUUUUAGGCGGCGAAGAGAAAGUCGACUGGACUCUUUGGAAGCCCACAGGCUAAGUUAGUAUUCAUCCGAAUAAGUUCUGAACAGGAAUAUUCUUGAAAACUUAGUUUUGUGAGGUUUUUUCGGUCUGAAUUUGAUCUCUGACACUCCAAAAUUCAGUUCUCUUUCUCAUUUUCUGACGAUUAUUUUGAUGCUCUUGGAAUCACUCUGAAAAUGUCACUUUCCUGUUUCCAGAACCCUCCCAACCCCAACAAACGAGUCUCCAGUCACGGUCGACUCGAUGGACGACGAAAUCCACGCCGCGAUUCAAACUCCCGCCCGUCAUCUCCGACCGAGAACUUUCGUGCCCGACGGAGAAUUCUCGCCGCCCAUCGAAGCCAUCCCCACCGUGACCAAAGCUCCGGCCAGCAUCCUGAAGAAACCGAGAACCGGUUUUUCAACUUGAUUCAAGGGUUUCUGAUAACUUUAGUGUAUACAGAAGCUUCCCCGUCACGUGGCCAUAUCCGAUUUGUUGGACUUCCGAAGCUGUCAGACUCGCCCGAAUCGCCAGUUGCGGUUGAUCCCAAGGCUCCUGCUCCUCGUUUUGCGGUUGGUCGAGCUUUUCUGGGGGGAAGAAAAAGCGAGAACUUCGCAAUUUUACAGUGGCCCCUCUAUGGGUUAGAAAGGGAAACAGCACCUACAAGGCCCGAAAAGUGGUCCCUAUAGGGGCUGAAUCAGAGGGAUCUCUAUAGGGGUUUAGGAUCUGACUUCUCAGCCGCUAAAGCUUAAGUGGUCCCUAUAGGAUCGUUUUAUUUUAUUCAAAAAAGGUUUUUUUUUCAGUUUUUUGUAUGGAAAUGCUUCUUCGCAUAGAGCUCAUAAAAAUGAUCGCCUAACAUGUCCCCUAUACAAUCUUUAGUGGUCCCUAUAGGGGUUGGUAAAGUGGUCCCUAGAAAGACCCCUCGAAGGGCCCCUAAGGUCGCCCCUAUAGGGGCCACUCGUUGUCGCGAAACUGCAGUGGGAAAUGAAUAAUUUUUCUGCAAAAAAAGAAUUCUAAAAUUAUUAAUGAAAUAGAAAAAGUCUCCAGUAGUCUUCGCAGUAUGUAUGAGAUGAUGAAAUGAUGAAAAAAAUUGGAAGUAAAAUCAAAAAAACUGUAUCUUUGUAAAAAGAAAGAUUGAAAAAAAAUUCAAUUUUUUUGUUCAUAAAGCGCUGUGAAGCAAGUUUUUUUAAAGAUUUGCUUAAAGAUUUUUAAAGAUGAACAAAAAUUUGCUCAUGAUUGAAGUCGUUGAAGCUUAAAGCUCAUGUUAUCAAUUUUAAUAAAAAAUAAUGUUGUAGAUGGACUUGACUGACGAAUCGGAUGAAGAAAUGGAAUUUGACGGUCAAGUCUCCAGGAGCGAUUUCCUGAAGAAACCAGUGGAACAGAAAGAGCCGGAGCAAGUUGACGUUGAAGAUGAGUGCAUCGAAAUGGAGAAAACGUUCGAAAAAGCCGAAGACACUGGCUUCGAAGUCGCAGAAGACGUCACACCUGAAGAUGUGACUCCGGAAGAAGCAGCUCAAGAAGACGUCACUCCUGAAAAAUCGUCUCCAGAAGAUGUCACUCCUGAUUUAACGACUCCAGAAGUCGUCACUAACGAAGAGGCGGCUUCAGAAGACGUUACUCCUGAAGAGGUGGCUCCUGAAGACGUCACACCCGAAGGAGAGGCUUCAGAAGACGUCACUCCUGAAGAGGUGGCUCUAGAAGCUGUCAAAGAAGUUCUCGCACUAAAUGAGCCUGAAGAGGCGAAUGAGGAGCUCGAAAAGUCGAUGGAAGUUCAAUCUGAUGCCGAUGAGCCUGUUUUUGUCAUCAUCACUGAAGAAGGCGAGGAUGAGAUUUUGGACGUGAAGGUAGAAAGAGAAGAGGGACUGGAAAAAUCGACAGAAGUCCAAGCGGAGGAGCCCGGAAAAGAAGAAGAAGAAGGUCCUCUCAAUGCGACGUUCACCAUUGAGAGAGCUGAGACACCAGUUGUAGAGCCGGAGGAACUGAUGGUAGAGUUUGGUUUCAACUACUUCAAGCGUGAGGAAAAUCUGAACAUUCAUGGUAGAUCUGAUGCUUUGGGUUAUUGGAAAAUAUUGACUCAAUUUAUUUCUUUUUCUGAGAGGCUAGUGUUGAUCUUAGUACAUAUGGACCACAGAAAUGAUUUUUUUUGUUUUCAUCAUCAUCAUCAUUCAUUUCAUACGAAAAAUAAUACAGUUCAAGAGCCGAAAAGACCUCUUUUUUCCAGAUUUUGGGCUAUAUUUUAUUCUGUUAAUUUGUUUUUGGAGUAGUUUUGAUUUUCAGACCUAAUUUGCUUUGAUACAUUUUUUUUAUUAAGAUCUUAGUUCCUUAGAUUUUUUGCUAUGACUUUGGUUCCAGUUUUAGACUUGAAUGAUUCGCUAAUUAUUAGAUUUUCUUGAAACUUUUUGAUUGAGAAUUUUUUGUGGAAAUGAUCGUUUCGAGCCUUUCUUGAAUCACAAAAUAGGAAGAAAUGUGUCGAAUCGGAGAGUUAUUUCAAGGUUUUGAGGCUCCAUAUCUGAAAGUCUAGGUUUGGUUUUUUUUUUUCAACCGAAUCCAUUUUGGCCUGACUAGGGAACGUUUUUUAUCUAUCGCGAGGAAUUUUUAUCUUGUUCUGGAACUAGAGUUGCUAAGGUACACUUCAGAAAAGUUUCAUCAAAUCAAAAGUACAACCGGUGCCUGAAAACGCUCCCUAGUGAAUAUUUUGAAUUGUAAAAAUUGGAAUCCGAGAAACCAGAGCUUCUAUAAAAUAUCGAUUUUUGUAGUAUGGCGUUUCGUUUGACGACGACGGUGUGGAGCGAAGUUUUGAGAUUCAGGCAGAUGAGAAGAAGGAUCUUGAGGUUUUUCCCUGGAGAUUCAAUAAUCAAUCCUUCAUCAUUUUUAGUCUGGCCCAAUCGGUUCGAUGUUUGUCCGAGAAAAGUCGCCCGAGGCUCAAAUCGAAGUAGAAGUGGAAGAGAAGAAGGCAAAGACUCCUUCCAGAUCGUCUUCCCGACUUUCGGUUGGUGGAAAUAUGAAAAUGUGAAGUUGAUUUGCCCGAAAUUGCGAAAAAAAAAUCAGUCGCAUGUGGAAUGGACCGACGCGGCGCGGCUGCGGGGCGGUUAUUUCCAAAUUUCGCUAGACUUCAAUUUGACUUGCGCCCGCUGGCAUUGAAAAUAUUUAGUCCUUUUUAUACGGCCUAAAAGUGCGGGACUUCUCUGCUCUCGACAUCUCUCUCAUGUUUACAUGCUAUUUCCCUGUUUCUCUGACCCCGCCGGAGAGAGAACAGAGAGACGCAGACACGCGAAAACUGUCAAGAUGAACUAUGUCGUUUACUAAAAUUUCUAGGACAAAUUUUAAACCUUUGCGCGAACUGCAGCACGAUAGUUUUGAGCCAUUCCAAUUGCGACCGAGAGGUUUGAAGAAGCGCGCAGAAAAAUUAUAGGUAGCUGCUUUUAGACUGACCCUUUGAGUGCUGAUUUGAAAAAUAAUGAAUUUUUUAAACAAGGGAAAAUUUUCGAAACUGAUGAGUUCUCCUAUGUUUCUCGAAAGGAGUUCAAAAAAGGGAGCCGCCCGGAAAAACCAAAAACGGAAAAAAAAAACCACUUUUUGUUCUCAGACUCGAUCACGACAAGCGUCUGAAGAGCCGGUGGAGAAGCCGACCCCGAAGGCCCGUCGCUCGACUCGUGCCGCUUCUAAGGUCGCAACCCCCGCAGCCCCCGCCAGCUCCACCACGACCAUCAGUCCCUCCCGUCAACGUGGAACGCCGCGAACUCGGCUCUUCAGCGAGCAGACCGUCCAAGUCGUCGACGAUUCCGCUGCGUCGGCCAAACGGAAGACACGGUCGCAGAGCGUCACGGCGAACACUGCCGACGAAGCGACGGCUCCCAAACGCGGUCGCUACGAUUGGAGAUCCAAGCUUGAGGUGCUUUCUGAGACAGGAAGAAGUUCGAAUAGAUUGGAGUAAGAAAGUAGAACAAGUUUUUGAGAUUUUCCAUAUUAGAAAGCUUUGUGAGAUGGUUCAAAAUUGAGAAUGGUUUCAAAUGGAUAUUUUUAAAAUUUUUAAAACUUCGAAGCUUUUUGUCUCGGAUACUUAUAGAAUGGAUAUUUUUUAAGCUUUUUCCAGACUCGGAAGGUUUUUUUGAGAUUUUUUUCGAAAAGGAAAAAUGAUUUCAAAAAGAUAUUUUUCAAGCUUCCUGUUUUGAAAGCGUUUCGAGAUGGCUUAGAAUAGAGAAUGAUUUCAAAUGCUUUUUUUCGAAAUCGGAAGGUUUUUUUGAGAUUUUUUGAAAAUGAGAAUUUUUUCUAAUGGAUAUUAUGGAUAUUUUUUUAAGCUCUUUGAAAUUGAUCAAAAUUGUUUCUAUUGGACAUUUUUAAGUUUUUCCAAACUUGGAAGGUUUUUGAGAAUGUUCGAAAAUGAAGAAAUAGCUUUAAACUUUUUUUUUUCGGAGUAGGAAAAAACUCAAAAAAUUCCUGUUACAGUUCUAUGUUCAUGGAAUAUACUUUUUUUCUGAGAAGUUUAUUGAAAUUUGAUUAAUUUGACCCAUUUUUUUAUCUAAUAAAAGCACUUGGUUGUUGCUAGAAAUACUUACGAAGAUCAAUCUGACUUUGGUGAGUUUUUUUAACAUUUUUUAACAUCGUAAAAAAAAUCUUUAAUUUUGAUGUCUUUCAGAAAGGACUGAAGGAGCUUGAAGAGAGCAGAAAAAUGGAGAAGCCGGCCGAGGAAGCUGAAGUAACUCUGUUGACUGUUUCACUCGUCGAACUUCUUUUCUUCCAGGUCCAAGCGCCUGGAAGCACGACGAAACGUGGAACGAGAAGCCGAACGACCAGCAACAGUUCGACGGCCGACGUCCAAACUCCAUCCAAAAGGACCCGCGCCACGACGAAAGCGGCCAUGGAAACUCUGGUGGAAGUUGAAGAUGUGGGUGUACAGUGCGCGUCAUAAGUAUAGCCCCCUCGUAAUUUCCGAAUUUUUCAUACGUUAGAAAUAAGUUAAGGAUCAUAGAAAAACUAACGAAAAAGUAUUAGAAUUCUAAAGUAGUCCAAGUUUUUAUAUUAAACUUGUUCUCUGACGAAACAAUGAAGCUUUUUCCAGUCAGAGCCCACUUCAACCAGAAGAACCGCAAGAAGCCGAACGACUAGCACCAGCUCCACCGUGCCGACGUCGCCAAAGAGAGGACGUCCACCCAAAAACACAGAAGCCAAGGAGACGCCGAGCAGUGCCGCGAAAAAGACUCCCAGGAGUAGGACCAACAGCGUCAGCAGUACGACGACCAAUGCGGAAACGCCCUCGAAACGCGGAAGACCGCCUAAAGUCGCGCUGGAGACGGUCGAGGAGGACGUCGAAGCGAUGACUACGGUAAUGUAAUAGGGAUGAGAUGCUGGAGUGUUAUUGAGGCCGGGAAAAGUAAUAGUAACAUAGUACUUUGACCCGGACCAAGACAAGAAUAAAGCAAUCGUGAAGGGAUUGAGUCGAAAAAAGCGGAUUUUGGGAGACCAUCAAGUUUGACCCUCAGAGAACCAGUGAAAACGUUAUAAUCUGUUCUAGAGGUUUUCGUUACAUAAUGGAAUAGUUUUGGAAAAAAAAUCGGUUCGGAUUUUUCUACGAAUUCUCAGAAAAUCUCUGAAGGCUUAUGAAGGUUCGUCAUAAUUGCAACCCGCGCCAGAUCCUAUUUUUUGAGACAUUAAUUUUCAAAGCUCGUAUAAAUGACCGUCUUGUGGACGACUAGUCUCCACAAGGAAGUCAUUUUACUUCGCGACUUGGAAUUUUCUACAAAAUGUCUUAAGAAUAUUUCAAAGUUUAUAUGAAGAUCCAUCGAAAUCGCAACCCGCGCCAGCUUCUAGUUUUUGAGAUAAUUAAUUUUGAAGUUCGAAAGGUUAGCCUUAAAACUUGUGUUUUGCAACUUUGGAAAAUCAUAUCUCAAAUACUAGAAUUUUGCGCAGGUAGCAGAGCAAAUUUUUAGAUAAUUCCGAACCGCAAAGUAAAUUGGCCUUCCUUGUCGAAAGUGUCGAAUUUUUGAUGAACUUUCCAAUGUUUUUUAGAAAGGAAAAGCCCGAAAGCUUGGAUUUUCGUGUACUUUUUCGAUGGUAGAAAGUUUGUGAAGCCAUUUUCAUCGAAAAAACGAAAAAUUUUCAAAAACAAAAGGGAGUACUGUUUUGAGCAGCUUUGAUGAGCCAAUGAACACGUUUUUGCGGUUUGAAGCAUGUUCCGUUUCCGAUAAUUUUUCCCCCCUUCGCCACACUUGAAGAAAGCUACAACCUUUCAGACUGCUUCGGCUAAACGCGCCCCCAGGAGCCGAACAGCGAGCACAAGCUCAACAGUAAAUCCGGUGCCGGAAACGCCCAACACCCAGAAGCGACGAGGAAGACCGCCUAAAGCGACCCUGGAACCUAUUACCGACAAUAGCCCGGUUCGUUUCUGAGCGGUUUUAUACUUCACAAGGGAGUAUCUUUACUUUCCGAUUGGGGAUUUAAUGAAAAGUCUUAACUUGCAAAAACUCCUAGUUUUCGAGAAUCAGGGGCUCAAAACUCAAAAAAGCCAAAUUUAACGGAUUUUGCGGGUUCCCUUCGAAUUUCCGGAGUUCUUUCCAUUCAUGGCUCCCCAUACUUUUAAAUUUAGAGUCUGUACUACCUCCUGAGUUGAAGAAGUGUUUUUAUUUUUUGUCAGUACCCUGAAAUUCAAAGUUGAUUUCGAGAAAAGAGAUUUUGAGAUGCUCUCCUUGAGAUCUGGUUUGUAGAUGAUCAUCAGAAAGAUUCAAAUUGAUAGGCCUAAAACUGGAUCUUUCAAAACUAGAAGCUCAAGGUCCAGCGUGUAGAUGAUCAUCAUUUCAAAGUUUUGGUAAUAUGACACGUAGAAUACGCAUUUGAAGCUUCUGAAGCUUCAAGUAUUUACUUAAGGGUUUCUUGAGGUGACCUCUUAAGAACAAUUUUUGAAGCUUGACUCGGACAACUUCAUGAGUCCAAUUCCGUGACGAUCUUGAAGAAAUUGAAGUUAAGAACAUGGUAGUGAGGGAAAUCAGCUCUUUGGAAGUUUGAAAUGGGAAAUUCAAGUUUAUUAGGCUUCUAUCAUUCAAAUCCUGCCCCCUAAAAUUCAUAAAAAAAUUGAAAAAAAGUUUAAAUUUUUUUGACUUCCAAAAAGGUAGUCAACAUAUUUUUUUCUCAUUUUUUUAAAUUUUUCGUUUUUCUAUACUUGCGUUUUUUCUACCACGUAGCUCCAAAUUACACCAUGAAAUUAUAAAUUUUUUUCUCCGAUGUCAUUUUUUUGGAGACUUUGAUUAAUUAUUAUCGGUUUGAAAUUUGAGCAAAAAAUUGUAAAUUUGGGGCUGUUUGGCUUGUCGAAAACCUUCUUGUUAGAUUCUUCAAUUGGGAAAAAAAGUAUUAUAAAACUUUUUCCAGCCGGCCUCGACUACUCGCCGAACUCGUCGCACUCCAUCCAGGACGACCGACUGA